AUGGAGGUAGAGUCGGCUCGACCUAAAGGAUCGGAGGGCAAUGUUUGGAUGGUGAGCGCUAUCAUUUUGGCAGCUGUGAUUGGGAAUGGGGUUCUUCCUUUAGCAUGGGCUAUGGCUCAACUGGGAUGGAUUAGUGGUCCUUUGGUCAUGCUCUUCUUCUUCGCUGUGACGGUUUCCACCUCUUUUUUUAUUUCUGAAUGUUAUCAUCAAUCUCAUGUGGAACCGACUUUGGGUUUCCAGGGUGCCGUCAGAACAUAUCUUGGUGAAAUACAUGUCCUGAUGUACAGAAUAGUUCAUGGUCUGAACCUUUUUGGACUGACAAUAGGGGACAUAAUAGCAUCAUCCUUAAGCAUGAUGGCACUCAUGAAAUUUCAUUGCUUCGAUGUCAACCAUGGCAAAGAUGGAUGCCACAUGAAUAUAAAUUCCUUUAUGAUUGCUAUUGGCUUCUUUCAAGUAUUUCUCUCUCAAAUUCCUGCCUUUGAUCAGCUGUGGCAGCCCUUCUAUGUCGAACCUUUCCUGUCCUUCAUAUAUUCAACGUUUCUUAUUGCUCUUGGCAUCGCCAAAAUUUCAGAAACUGGGGAGCUUAGGGGAAGCUUGACUGGAAUAAGCAUCGGUACACUGUCUCUAUUUGGAAAGGGAAAGAUAUCUAGGAUCUUCCUAGCAGUUGGAGAUAUAGCCUUUGCAUAUCGUGAUUACUCGGCCAACACCAUUUUUGAAGUACUUCAGGAAAAAGUUGAAUCUUCACCAUCGGAGUUGAAGAAAAUGAAGAAGGCCAUUAUGAUUAGCUCUGCCUUCAUGACCUUUUUGUACAUGCUUUGUAGCUGUGCGAGUUAUGCUGCUUUUGGAGAUCACAGCACCCCUAGAGACCUCCUCGCUGAUUUGGGUUUCGGUUUCAGUAACCUAUAUAAUUGGCUGCUUGUCGCAGCAAAUGUUGCCUUGGUCAUCCAGUGUGUUGGUGCAUACCAAGUUCAUUCUCGUGCACUCUCCGAUGUGAUUGAGGAUGCCGUGGCAAAAAGAUUUCCUACCCAGAUCACCAGAGAGAUCAUAAUCCCGAGUUUCCGCCCCUACAAACUCAACCUCUUCCGAUUGGUUUGGAGAACAAUCUUUGCUCUCACAACCACUCUCAUAUCAAUGCUUCUGCCGUUCUUCAACGACGUGGUUGGACUUAUUGGAGCUUUAGGGUUUUGGCCUCUCACAGUUUACUUCCCUGUGCAGAUGUAUAUAGAGAAAAACAAGAUACCAAAGUGGAGCACUAAAUGGAUUCUCCUUCAAAGCAUGAGCGUCUUGUGCUUCAUCGUCUCCAUAGCUGCAGCAGCGGGCUCCAUUGCUGGGUUUGUUCUUGAUCUGGAGACUUACAAGCCCUUCAAGAAAAACGACUAGGCCAAGCUGCAGAAACCCAAUGCUAGAU